AUUAAAUAAGGAAGAAAUACACAAAAUGAAACUGUUCUAGUAAUUCUACUAAGUGGUUCAAUUGGGUCUUUUAAGUUUGAUUAAUGCAUAAAAGAUGACUCGGUUGCAUUUUUUCUUCCUGUCUGCAGAGUGAGUCAGUCAAGUACUUCCUGGAUAACUUGGAUCGUAUUGGUCAACUGAAUUUUAUCCCAAGCAAGCAGGACAUUUUGUUUGCAAGGAAGGCGACUAAAGGCAUUGUCGAGCAUGACUUCAUCAUCAAGAAGAUUCCUUUCAAGAUGGUGGAUGUCGGAGGGCAGAGGUCUCAGAGGCAGAAGUGGUUUCAGUGUUUCGACGGGAUCACAUCGAUACUCUUCAUGGUUUCAUCAUCAGAGUACGAUCAGGUCUUGAUGGAGGAUCGAAGGACAAACCGUCUGGUGGAGAGUAUGAAUAUCUUUGAGACGAUCGUCAACAACAAGCUUUUCCUCAACGUGUCCAUCAUUCUCUUCCUCAACAAAACGGACCUGCUGGUGGAAAAGAUUCGCACGGUGGACAUCCGCAAGUACUUUCCAGAAUACAGAGGAGACCCGCGCAGGCUAGAGGAUGUACAGGCGUUCUUGGUGCAGUCGUUUAGCCGUAAGAGGAGAAACCGGGGGAAGCCGCUCUUCCACCACUUCACCACUGCAGUAGACACAGAAAAUAUCCGUUUUGUCUUUCACGCCGUCAAGGACACCAUCUUGCAGGAAAACCUCAAAGAUAUCAUGCUGCAGUGACCUUCACAGUGCAGACGACAGCUUCUCUGACUGUAAAAUGUGAAACCAGCCACAAAUCCAGGGCUGGAGGACUACAGAGCAGGCCUGUUUUUGUUCUAGCUAAUGACUGCAUAUUAACACUGACCUGUGGAGCAUCCAGUUGACUCACAAUGUGGAUUCAACUGAACUUUGAACUCUGAACCUGUGGAGCCAUGAAUUGACUCUGGACCUGUUGGCCUAUGUUGGCCCCUGUGGAAACUGUGAGGCUCAUAGAGGACCAGAUCUUGCAUUUAAUCUGUAUAAAUGUAUGUAUGCUGGAAAAACCGUCACCUUCUCCUUCUUUUAGCUCUCAAGUGUAAAGAAAAAAAUAGAGAAAAGAACCAAUGAGCAUGACAUGAGCACUGAAAGUGUCUUUUUUUUUUUUCUCAAAUGACAACCCUGUCA